GCCCCGCCCCCUCCGGCCCACCAGACCCCCCAGGUCCACCUACCCAAUCCACGACCGCGAGGAACGGCGCCGCGACCACCAACCAAGCCCGUAGCCGCCGCCGCCGUCGCCGUCCCCAGCGCACCCACAGCGACCGGCCCCCCUUCCCUUUCUCCACGAGCCCUCCGCGACGCCGGCGAGCCCGACUGCACCCCGUAGCGGACAUGGGAUCGACGGCACUCGGUGGUGCGGCUCCGGCGCGCGCCGGAUUGGCCCCCAAGAAUGGAGUCCUUGGAUCUACUUUCAAGCCAUGCGGUGUGGUCAAGCUCAAAACAACUCCUAAGGUUGGACGCUCUUCAGUCUGUGUGAGGGCAUCCAUUGCUUCUUCACCACAAAAACAGUACUCUCCCAAGACACCAGCAGUUCAAUCAGGGGAGGAAGUACGCAUUGCAGUGCUAGGAGCCAGCGGUUAUACUGGGGCUGAGAUUGUGCGGCUUCUAGCAAACCACCCUCAGUUCCGCAUCACAGUGAUGACCGCAGAUAGGAAAGCCGGUGAACAGUUUGGAUCUGUAUUUCCUCACUUGAUAACACAGGACCUGCCAAAUUUAGUUGCAAUUAAAGAUGCAGAUUUUUCAGAUGUUGAUGCUGUUUUUUGUUGCUUGCCGCAUGGAACAACACAGGAAAUUAUUAAAGGUUUACCCAAGCAACUGAAGAUUGUUGAUCUCUCUGCGGAUUUCCGAUUGCGUGACAUCAAUGAGUAUGCUGAGUGGUAUGGCCAUGCUCAUAGGGCACCAGAACUUCAGGAAGAGGCUGUUUAUGGUUUGACGGAGGUUCUUCGAGAUGAAAUAAGAAAUGCACGGCUUGUUGCCAACCCGGGAUGUUAUCCCACGUCUAUUCAGCUCCCUCUUGUUCCUCUAAUAAAGGCAAAACUGAUCAAGCUGAGCAAUAUAAUAAUUGAUGCAAAAUCUGGGGUUACCGGGGCAGGACGUGGAGCUAAGGAAGCAAAUCUUUACACCGAGAUAGCUGAAGGCAUUCAUGCUUAUGGAAUAAAAGGCCACCGUCAUGUUCCUGAGGUUGAACAAGGAUUGUCAGAGGCUGCAGAAUCCAAAGUUACUAUCAGCUUCACUCCAAAUCUUAUCUGCAUGAAACGUGGGAUGCAAUCUACUAUGUUUGUUGAAAUGGCACCUGGAGUGACUGUCAGUGAUUUGUAUCAGCAUCUCAAGUCUACUUAUGAGGGUGAAGAAUUUGUCAAGCUGUUAAAUGGCAGCAAUGUUCCUCACACACGCCAUGUUGUUGGAUCAAAUUACUGUUUCAUGAAUGUCUUCGAGGACAGAAUUCCUGGAAGGGCCAUCAUCAUCUCUGUCAUAGACAAUCUUGUGAAAGGAGCAUCUGGCCAGGCCGUGCAGAACCUCAAUCUGAUGAUGGGACUGCCUGAGAAUAUGGGGCUGCAAUAUCAGCCCCUAUUUCCUUGAUAUGUUGUGCCUUUGUUGUGCUCUUUCUUGAUGAUGCUUUGGAGUUAAGCACCCAUCUCUGUUUUCCGUUGAGAAGCAAAGAGCUGAAUGUCGGAGUGUAACCAAACUCGCUCAACAGCAAAACUUGGUUUGUGCUGGUGUAGUAUUUAGAGAUGUGCAACAAUUAGCAGUUGAAUAAGAGAGUGAACUGAGUGGCUUGGUGUAAUGAAAGUCCUAAGGCUAUUAUAUCCUAUAGUGGAUUGUUGUCAUGAGAUCAAUAAAGCAGUGUAAAACCCGAUUCAGAGACAUCAACCAUUGCUGUCAGCAUUGGAUAUAGUUAGAAGUGUGUUACUUUUAAAUAUUAAAGGAUAAAUUAGUUUUCAAGUUCUUUGUCAAA